UAUGCCUCUCUUCUCUGUUGUGAAAAAAUGGCAUCACUGUCCAAAAAAGAUGUUCAAGAAAUGUCAGCGGCCACUGAGCAGCCACCAUCAGAAUACAUAGUCAAAGGAUGCACUUUUGCACCUUCUGAUAAUUUCUCUUCCUCAUCGGCGACUCCUUUUCCUAUCAUCGACAUCAGUCUCUUCUCCUCUUUAUUAUUGGAUUCCGGUAACAGUACUAACAACGAAGUCGAAAACGCACUACAAACACUAAGAUCAGCUGUUAGCUCGAACGGCUGCUUCCAAGCAACAGGACAUGGGAUGUCAAGUUCAUUUCUUGAUAAGGUGCGUGAGACAGCAUGCCAAUUUUUUGAACUUCCAAAGGAAGAGAAGUCGAAAUAUGGUCGGUCUGAGAAUGAUAUUGAAGGGUAUGGGAGUGAUAUGAUUGUUUCAUCAAAUCAAGUUCUCGACUGGUCUCAUCGCCUAAUUCUAAGGGUGUUUCCUGAAGAUGAAAGAAGGAACUGAAGAUGAAAGGAAGGAACAACUUGGCCAGAUAUACCCUGCCUAAUUUUCAGAGACCUUGAUCGAUAUAUUCCCUUGAAAGGUGCAAUCUGUAAUGGACUUCGUUACAAAGCAAUGGCAAAGGUCAACUGUAACUGAAAGGAGAAUACGUUUUCUCUGGGCAAUUUGGGGGAAUGCGAGCACUAAUGCAAUGCAAGGUUUAACUUCUAUCCAAGGUGUUCGAGACCUGAUUUGGUUCUUGGAGUCAAACCUCAUACAGAUAGAUCAGGCAUUACAAUUCUUUUGCAAGAUAAACAAGUCGAAGGCCUUCAAAUUUUAGUAGAUGGGAAAUGGGUAAGAGUUCCUGUAAUCCCUGAUGCUCUUGUCGUCAAUCUUGGAGACCAAAUGCAGAUAAUGAGUAAUGGAAUAUUCAGAGGUCCAAUGCACAGGGUAGUAACAAACUGCGAGAGCUUGAGGUUAUCCGUGGCCUUAUUUCAUGAACCAGAGCCAGAAAAAGAGAUUGGACCUGUGGAUAGCUUGAUGGAUGAGCACAGACCAAGAUUAUACAGAAAUGUUAAAAAUUAUGGUGUUAUCAACUAUGAAUGCUACCAAAAGGGUUUGGUGGCAAUUGAGACUGUGAAAUUGAGACUGUUGGAAAAUUUAAUCCUUAAGCUAGUGAUGUUUAUGAUACUCUAUGGAGGCGGACUCUAA